CUGGUUCAAGAGUACUCCCUUCCUAAAGUGAGUGCUGUGAGAGAGGGAAGUGGAGCUCGCUGCAAACUCACUAACUUUGUAUUUGAGGGAUUUUUAACGUGUUCGGGGAAAAAAUAACAACUAACCAUUUUAACAUCUUUAUUUAUCUGCUUUAAACUGAAACCCCGGUGUCCUCGUCCCCCCCCACCCCCGGCGACUCAUUUCUUUACCCAUGGGGGGUAUAAUCUAAUCUUUUGAAACGCACGGUUUUUUCGACUUUAUUAUUAUUAUUAUUAUUAUUUUUUUUUGUAUUAACUCGUGCCUAUUCUUACUGGAAACGCAAGUUGGACAAAGUUUCUUUUUCUUCAGCGUAUUGUUAUUUACAACAAACGGGAUUAGUUGAAAAAAAGAACAGAUGGCAAAUGGGUGCUAGGUGGUGACCCCCCCACGCCACCCCCCCAGGCUGUGCGGUAUGCUGAAGUGGGCCUCAGUGCGGCAGAAUGAGUGUCAAAGAGGCUGGUGGGACAGCUAGCCAGGAUGGGAAGGCCUAUCCCCUGCAGAUCUACCCCCGACUGGCCUCGAAGAGUUCUCCAUGCUGCACGCUGACCGUCCCCAAGUCGGCCACGGCCGCAGCGGUCAUCCAGGACGUGGCAGUGCAGCUGGAGCUGGACCCCUCCAAGUGCUACGUGCUGGCGGAGGUGAAAGAGUGCGGCGGAGAGGAGUGGGUCCUGGAGGCCAGUGACCUCCCCGUGCAGAGGGUGCUGCUCUGGCCUCGACGGGCCCACCAGGAGCACCCCCAGAGCGAGGGCUACUACUUCCUCCUCCAGGAACGCAACGCAGAUGGCUCCAUCCGCUACGUCCACUUGCCGGUCGUCUGCCAGGAGAAGGAAGCUCGGCGGCUGACGGCCCGGGGCUUUCUACCCCCGAGGCAGGCAGACUUUGACGACUUGUGCAACCUGCCCCACCUCACUGAGGCGGCCAUCUUGGACAACCUGAAGAACCGUUUCCACAAGCACAAUAUCUACACCUACGCCGGCAGCAUCCUCCUGGCCAUCAACCCCUUCAAGUUCCUGCCCAUCUACAACCCCAAGUAUGUCAAGAUGUAUGACAACCACCAGCUGGGCAAGCUUGAGCCCCACAUCUUCGCCAUCGCCGACGUGGCGUACCACGCCAUGCUGAGGAAGCAAGUGAACCAGUGCAUCGUCAUCUCGGGGGAGAGCGGCUCCGGCAAGACCCAGAGCACCAACUUCCUCAUCCACUGCCUGACUGCCCUCAGCCAGAAGGGUUACGCCAGCGGGGUGGAGAGAAACAUCCUGGGGGCCGGACCUGUGCUAGAGGCGUUUGGAAACGCGAAAACUGCUUACAACAAUAACUCCAGCCGCUUUGGAAAAUUCAUCCAGGUCAACUACUUGGAAAGUGGGGUCGUCCGAGGAGCUGUGGUUGAAAAGUACCUCCUUGAGAAGUCUCGGCUGGUCUCCCGGGAGAAGAAUGAAAGGAACUAUCACGUGUUCUACUACCUGCUGCUCGGUGCCUCUGAGGAGGAACGCAAGGAGUUUAAGCUUCUUCAGCCAGACGAUUACAUCUACCUCAAGCAGCAGAACUUUAAGAUUGAAGACGGGGAGGACCUCCGGCAUGACUUUGAGAGGCUCCAGCAGGCAAUGGAGAUGGUGGGCUUCUUGCCGUCCACCAAAAAACAAAUUUUCUCUGUGCUCUCUGCCAUUCUUUACCUGGGCAAUGUGUCGUAUCAGAAGAAAUCUUCUGGCAGAGACGAGGGCCUGGAAGUGGGGCCUCCAGAGGUCCUCAAUACUCUGUCAGAGCUUCUCAAGGUUCGAGAAGAGAUGCUGGUGGAGGCGCUGACCAAACGCAAGACAGUGACUGUCAAUGAGAAGCUCAUCCUGCCCUACAGCCUCAAUGAGGCUAUCACGGCAAGGGACUCCAUGGCGAAGUCUCUGUACAGCGCCCUGUUUGACUGGAUCGUCUUGCGAAUCAACCACGCCCUUCUGAACAAGAAGGACAUGGAGGAGUCUGUUACAUGUUUAUCUAUAGGGGUUCUCGAUAUCUUUGGGUUUGAAGAUUUUGAAACCAACAGCUUCGAACAGUUCUGCAUCAACUACGCCAACGAGCAGCUGCAGUACUACUUCAAUCAGCACAUCUUCAAACUGGAGCAGGAGGAGUACCAGAGCGAGGGGAUCAGCUGGCACAACAUAGAGUACACGGACAACGUGGGCUGCAUUCACUUGAUCAGCAAGAAACCAACCGGUCUGUUCCACCUGCUGGAUGAGGAGAGCAAUUUUCCACAUGCUACCAACAAGACCCUGCUGGCAAAGUUCAAGCAGCAACAUGACGGCAACCAGUUCUUUGUGGGCACCCCGGUGAUGGAGCCAGCCUUCAUCAUCAGACACUUUGCAGGGAAAGUCAAGUAUCAGAUCAAGGACUUUAGGGAGAAGAACACAGACUACAUGCGGCCGGACAUCGUGGCGCUGCUGCGGAGUAGUGACCGUGCCUACAUCCGCGAGCUGGUGGGCAUGGACCCAGUGGCAGUGUUCCGCUGGGCAAUCCUCCGCGCGGCCAUCCGGGGCAUAGCAGCCUUCUGUGAGGCAGGACGACGCUGGGCAGCCAAGACGGCAGGUGUUGUACGCCGUGGAUCUCGUGUGCCGCUGGGAGAGCUCCAGAGAGCAAACACGCCCGUUGAGAAAGUGUACCGCCGCUUCUCUUUGCUCGAUUUCUCCUUUGAUAAUUUGGAUGAGUGCUCCCUAGACGCUUUCGAAGACAUCUUUACUAGCUAUUCAAAUAAGAAGGACAUGCAUGCCCAAAUCAUCCACAGUAUCAAGGGCCUGCCGUGGGAAGGUGAAGACCCACGCAAGUUGCUCCAGUCCUGGAGUCGUCUGCAGCACCCACGGGAUCACUUCCCGAAAAAUAAAAGUACCAAACAGAAGCAGCUCAUUCCUAAGAACCUGCUGGAUUCCAAGUCUCUGAAACACAUCGUGAGCCGGACCCUGCACGACCGCACCACAAAGUCUCUACUGCACCUGCACAAGAAGAAGAAACCGCCCAGCAUCAGCGCUCAGUUCCAGACUUCGCUGAGCAAGUUAAUGGAGACGCUGGGGAGAGCUGAGCCGUUCUUUAUCAGAUGUAUCCGCUCCAACUCUGAGAAGAUGGAGCUGCGUUUCGAUGACGCGCUGGUUCUACAGCAGCUCAGGUACACCGGGAUGCUGGAGACGGUUCGGAUUCGGCACUCUGGUUACAGUGCCAAAUACACCUUCCAGGAAUUCGUGGCACAGUUCCGGGUGCUGCUGCCCAAAAAUUCCUGCACUUCCCAAGACGAGAUCUCGGCUCUGUUUGAGAAAAUGGGCUUCAACAAGAACAAUUACCAGAUCGGGAAGACGAAGGUGUUCAUGAAGGAGGCGGAGCGUCAGAGGCUGCAGGACACCCUUCACAAGGAAGUGAUCCGGAAGAUCGUCUUCUUGCAGCGCUGGUUCAGAGCCCAGCUGGAGAGGAGGCACUACCAGCGCAUGAGGCAGGCAGCCGCCACCAUUCAGAAAUGCUGGCGCUCCUAUAUCCGACACAAGCACAGUGCUGCCACCACUAUCCAAGCGCUGUGGCGUGGCUACUCCCAGAAACUGGCCUAUCGGAAACAGCUGGACGGGAUCCGGAAGCUGCAGGCUGUGGUCCGAGGGCACUCCGCACGCAGGAGGUAUCGAGCUAUGAGUGUGGAGAAGCAGCUGGCUGAGGAGGAGGAGGCUGCCAGAAAGAGGGCAGAAGAAGAAGCAGCAGCAGCUGCUGCAGCAGCAGCAGCAGCAGCAGCCCAGCUAGAGCAAGCCAGGGAGGAGGAGGGAGAAAAAGGACCACAGGAGGUCAAGACAAAUCCUCAGACAGAGGUGAACGAUACUGAGGAGGAGUCUGAGAGCAUGGAGUUAGAGGAGGCAAAGGGAGAGCCCAGCGAGGAAGGAGAAGAGCAGGAGACCUCGAAGGCUGAACCAAGGAAGGGAGACGCUCCUCUCUACCUGAGAACCCCUUCGGCCGAGAGCAUCGACAAGCUCCCACGCAGUCAGGAUAAAAGGGAGAGGAGGCGGCAGAGGGGGCUGGAGCACGACAAGCUGCAGAACAAACUGGUAUCCACCCCAGGGCAGGGUGACUACCCUGCCCCUACCACAGCACCCUCCCCCGCCAAGGGGGAGAAACCAGACACCGGGAGCAAGCUGAAGGAGCGGUCGGACAGCAAGGAGCUGGAUCAGUACACCUUUGUAGAAUGGAAGAUGAAGGACUCUCCUGGGAAGAAGGAGGGGAAAUUCCCUCCCGAUGUGGCCAGGCCCACAUCCCUCCCUCUGAGCUCCACGAACUCCAGCGGUGGAGGGGAGGGCAAGGAGGCCCAGCGGAACGGGCAGAAGGAACCGAGCAGCCCCACGGGUGGCACUCUCCAUCGGUACAGCAACCAGACCGCGCUCCGGAACAAGGGCGAGAGGUGGAAGGAGAAGAUCAAAACUGAAGGAUGCCAGCAGGAGAGCCCGUCGCCGGAGAAACGCACGCUUUCACAGACUAAAGGGAUCUCCACCUCCCUGGAGGACUUGCCUAAGCCGAGCCUCCCUGGAUUGGACUACAGUACCAGUGGAACAUACAGAAAAAAAGUGGCUCCUGCCAGAUCCUUCACAGACUCGGUGAAGCAGCCCAACCUGAAGAGACGAGUGAACGAGAGCCCAGGCCACCAGGAGACUGUAGCUGUGUCCCAGCCUCAGGCCCAGCCCCAGCCCCAACCCCAGCCCCAGCCCCCGGCACCAGACUCCAAGCCUGGCUUCUUCCGCAAGAUCCUGAAGAAACACGAUAAGCGUUCUAACAAAGACUUGCAGACUCCGGAAGAACCUGAAAUUACGUUUUCCCAGGCCGUGGCUGAAUGCAUGCAGCUGAAUAAAGUCAAAGAACCCCUGCAGCACCCAGGGGACCCUUCCCCAAAGUCGAAGAAGAACCCAGACAUCAAGAUCAGCAACGCCCCCCAGUGUUCAGAGCAGUGGCACACCUCCCUGCAGCGUGAGAUCACCAGCACCAACGAGCUGAAGGAACUGGACGAGUUCCUCCGCAACCAGGUGAACGACUUGCGGUCUCGUGGGAAGCAGCUGUCGGACACAGAGAACAUCUUCAUCAUGGCCACCAUGCAGUUCCGAGAGAAUAUCAAGACCAUGUACAGCCGUCAGAACCAGGCGGCUAACAUUCGCUACAGGAACCUGAUGAAGAACUACCAGGUGAAGGUGGCCAGCCUGGCCGGGGAGAAGCAGAAGGCCGAGGUGCAGCUGGUGGUCAACCUGUUCCAGUCUGUGCUGGACGGCUUCAUCCGGGCCGAGAUCAAGAAGGAGGAAGCCGAGCCCGCCAAGCCCACAAAAGCUCGGAAGAGAAGGAAAAAAGACAAGUGUUCGGAGAAGCGCAUGGGCCACGUGCUCAGCAGCUAUCAGGUGAACAUCAUCCAGUCCUGUGAUCAGUGCACCUCCUACAUCUUUGCCAUGGAGAAAGCCCUCAUCUGCAGCUACUGCAAGAUUAUCUGUCACAAGAAAUGCAUCGGUAAAAUCCAAAACGAAUGCACCUCCUACUGCGCGAUGAAGUGUGAAACAGAGGCAGGCUCCCGGAACUUUGGCGUGCGGGUUUGCGCACUCACGAGCGACCAGAACCCGGUGCCCGUUGUCCUGGAGGUCCUGUUGGAACACGUGGAGAUGAACGGGCUGUACACAGAGGGCAUCUACCGCAAGUCCGGCUCCGCCAAUCGCAUGAAGGAGCUGUGGCAGAGGCUGGAAGCAGAUCCCACCGCUGUGAAUUUAGAGGAGUAUCCUAUCCAUGCUGUCACAGGCAUUGUCAAACAGUGGCUCAGAGAACUCCCUGAUCCUCUCAUGACCUUCACCUAUUACAAUGACUUCCUGCACGCCGUGGAAAUGCCAGGGAAGCAGGAGCAGCUUCAGGCCAUCUAUCGCAUUCUGGAGCAACUCCCCCAGGCCAACUACAACACCCUGGAGAGACUCGUCUUCCACCUGGUCAGAGUGGCCAAAGAGGAGCCUCAUAACCGGAUGACCCCCAAUGCCUUGGCAAUCGUGUACGCUCCCUGUGUGUUACGCUGUCCUGAUAACGCAGACCCCCUGACCAGCAUGAAAGAUGUUGCAAAGACUACUAUGUGUGUGGAAAUGCUGAUAAACGAGCAGAUAAGAAAAUAUAACGAGAGGAUUGAAGAAAUCGAGCAGCUGGAAUAUGCAGAGUCCCUGGCAGUCAACCAGCUCAAACUGAAGAGACAGAACACGCUCUGGCCUUUAGAACUCAGGUUCUCUCCUUACAAGGGAGCGGUGGUGAAUGAGAAAUCUGCUGUGGAUCCGAGCCCUGUUCAUGAAGACAGCCCCACGGACUCUGACAACGAAGCAGAGAAAACGCUCAUAGAGCGCAUCAAGUCCAUCAAGGAAGAGAAGGAAGAGAUAGUGUACCGGCUCCCAGAGCUAGAGCAGCCCGGCUCGGACCAGGAGAACCUUGACUCUGAAGCCUCUCUGAGCACCGAGAGCCUGCUGGACGAGCGGACGGGGAACUUGGACGCCGAAGGACCUGCAAAGCGUUUGGGAAAACGGAAGUUGCACACAGUCGCCAAGCCUCCCAGGUCCUUCCUGCACGAUUCCAGAGCGCGGCUGGUGCAGUCAAACUCCAACCUCCCCCCGCCCACGGUACGAUCCCCUUCUGUCACUCUGCACAGCGCCAAGCUGCCCCGGCGCGCCCCGACCAUGCCCACCUCCAACAUCAAACUGCCCCCCGGCGUCCUGACCCGCACCAGCUGCCAGACCCUGCCUAUCCGCAACGCCAUCGUCCUGCGUCUGGCAAAGGGACGAGAGCAGCCGGCGCGGCGCAAAGACAACAUCCAGUCUGUGUAUUUCCUCCCAGGACAGGACCCCUUCCCAGCCCAGCCCAGACCCGACGACUGCCAUCCCAGCGGAGGGGUCAGCAGGAGGUUCUCCGAUCCCGACAUUCCCUACACUGACUGACUCCCAACAGGAGCUCCAUUACUGUUGCCAUGGCGACGUGGGAGAUGACAGCAGUUCAGUCUCACUUUCCGUUAAGAGGGAGUGAAGCGGCAAGACUGUCUCACGAAGCACUUUUAUAUGUUAGUUGAUUUUUUGUUUAACUCAGUGUUGUCAAGCUGAACGUUUUUUUUUUUUUUUGUAUUAAUAUUUUUAUACAUUUUUUUUAUUGUCUGAGAAAACGGAGAUUAUUAUAAACGUGAAACAAUCUUGUGUAUUUUUGAAAGGGACUACAUUUUAAUCUAUGAUGUAAAUCUGGCUUGUUUACUCCGUUCCCUGCUGCCUUCUCUGUGCUGUCAAAUAGGACCAAAGGAGUAAUCGGACUCCCGUCUUCAAAUUUGUGCCUUAUUUUUUAUUCUGAAUUAUAAAAUACAUGACCUUUUUUUUUUUUUUUUUAAUGGGUUAACUAAGGUUUUAAACUGGUGUGUGUGAAUUUACUGGAAAGUGGACCAAAUCUUUUAAAUAUUUCAAUGGUGCCUAAACUUUGGGACUAUACCCCUGCUUUCUUAAUGUCUGUACAUAACACAUUUGCAUUCCAGGUUUUUAACAGGAACCAUUAGCGCUCUUCUCUGUAUCCUGCAGCCUUUUUUUUCAUAGGGUUUAAACCUGCAGUUUGUUUUUGUUGUACGGUAUGCAUCUGUCAAGACUGAUGCUGCUUAUUUUCCAAGGUGGAAAGAGGACGUCAACUGUUUUUUUCCUUAAACUAAACGUCUCCCUCCAUUUUAUUAUUUUGGUCUCAUGGUGUUUCCUAUUAUGACUGCAGAAGCCAACUAGGAAGAACAAUUAAAGGGUGAUGGAUGCCAGCCCUUGUAUUGUGUACUAUACUAGCUAGGUGCUGGAGUGGAAGUAUUCUGAAGAGAUGGGGUGGUCUGUAUAUUAUGUUGGCUCAGUCUAGAAAUGAGCACUACAGUGGUUAACAUCCCUGCACCCCAGCGA